AUGUUUAAUUUAAGAGUUGUAAAAGGUUUUAGUCAUACAAUAGGAUUGAGUUCUGAGCAUUAUAUUUAGAGGUAAAUUCUUGAUAUAUAAUAACAAUAAGAUAUCAAUAAAUUUUUUAAGACCUAUACAAAUUAUAAUAUCCACUAAUUCCUGGCUUUGCUACAAUAGAUGGAACAAAAUAGUAUGCAUCAAACAACAGUGAGAUUCCAGUAUCUCAUUUCAGAAUAAAUUAUAGAAAUAAUCUACAAUUGUCUAGUCUUGGGAUUGGAUCUUAUUAAGGAGCACCAGAUUAAAAUAAUGAUAUAAUGCUAUAUGGAUCUAUUAUUGAUAGUGUUUUAUCAGGAGGAGUAAAUGUGAUAGAUACAGCAAUCAAUUAUAGAUAUAUGAAAUCAGAAAGAGUAAUAGGAUCUGCGAUUAGAGCUUUAAAUAUCCCUCGAGAUUAAUUAUUUAUUUCUAGUAAGGGAGGGUAUAUUCCUGCUGAUGGAGAUAGAGGAAUCUAAGAAACUUAAUUAAUUAGAGAACUUAUUAAUAAAAAUCUCAUUACAUAAGAUGAUGUAGUUGGAGCCUGUCAUUGUAUGCAUCCUAAAUUUUUAGAAUUGUAAUUAGAAGUAUAGAUUUUCUUUUAUUUAGUAAUCUUUAAAUCAUUUGGGACUUGAAACAUUAGACUUAUUAUAUUUGCAUAAUGCUGCUGAAAGUCAAUUACCUUUCUUAGGAUAUGAUAAAUUUUAUGAUAGGAUUGCUAAGGCUUUUGAAUAAUAUGAAAAAUUUGUUCAAAAAGGUUAAAUUAAAAGAUAUGGAAUGGCUACAUGGGUAUGUUUUAGAGCCAGACCAGAUGAAGAUAGAAUUCAUGUUCCUUUAGAAAAAAUUGUUCAAAUUGCAGAAAAAGUAGGAGGAAAAGAUCAUCAUUUUGAAUAUGUCUAAAUGCCAAUUAAUGCUAUGAUGCCCGAAGCUUUUUCUUAAGAAUGGUAACCAUUCAAAGGGGAAAAUACUUAAAUUUUAACUGUUGCUAGAUAAUUAAAAGUUAAUCUUGUCAUUUCAUCUCCUUUAAUGGGUGGUACUCUUAUGUAAGUACCUUUACCAUCAGAUAUUUUUAAAUGUUAAUUCUUAGGAGCUAAACAUUUAUAAUUUUUAAGAUCAAUUCCUGCUGAAUCUAUUAAAAGUAAUUAAUUAUUGUAAUUUUAUAGCAAUUUUAAUCGGAUAAAAAGCUAAUCGCCAUACAAAAUAAAAUUUAGAAGUAAUCAGAGUACCACCUUUAACAGCUGAUGAAUUUUGGUCAUUCUUCUAACCAUUAAAAAGAAAACAAGUUGUUGAUGAUGAACUUGAUAUGUAAUGA